UUUCUAAACCCUCGUCGUGGGUGGCUCGUGUUACAACAGAUCAAGGGAAGAAGCGAAAGCUCUGGCGAGCAAGCAAGAAAGCAACCAUGUCGUGGAUGAAAGGAGAUUUACUUUCCAAAACCAGGAGGCUUGUUGGUGGACUCGCUACAAGAGAGCCCGUUUGGCUUAAAGCCAUGGAAGCAUCACCUCCUCCUGUCUUUCCUCGCUCUAAUGGGAACCUCAAGAAGAUUGUUCUCCCUGAAGAUCCCUACGUUCGUAGGUUCGCCCGUAAGCAUCCUGAAGCUAAACUCGUCGAGCCCAACAAGGUUUCGGCGUUUAUUCCUGAUCCAGCACGGGUAUAUGGCUGCCGAGUCCUUGAACUGACGAAGAAUGGCAUCAGCGAGGAUGACGCCAUGUCUGUAGCUAAUAUGGAGUAUCUUGCAGAGAGAAAGGAAAAGAAGAAAGCAUACAAACGCCUAAAGGAGCUUGCUGUACUGCAGGACAAGGCUCCUCCUCCUAAACCGUACCUUAGUACCAAAAAGGAGAUGCAAACUCAAGAGAAGAAACCACCUACAGAUCCUCCUAGCGUCCGCAGGCUUGUUAACCAGUUGAAACAGCAGAAAGAUGUGUUACUGCAGGAUAAACCUGGAGGUAGUGCUAAUCAGGAUCAUUGGAUCGACGAAUAGUUUCUCCAUCAUCCUUUUUUUCUUUUAUGCAAGUUCAGGUCUUUUCAUACAUGAUGUCAAGUGUUGUUAUUCCCAUUUGAUUGUUUUCAGAACAUUUUCAACAAACAAGUGUUACAGGAAAGCACAAUGGUUAUGUCUCUCUCUC